CCAUCCCCUCCGGGGUCCUCCGCUUUGCGGUAACCGGCGGCGAGUUACCCGCGGUUACUUGCGCCGUGGCGUGUAUGCUGCUGAUGCCGUCGCGCGCCCGCGGGCUGCUCGACGGAAUCCCGCGCCGGGGCCCCGCCGCCGCCGGCUAUCGCGCGGCGUGCGAGCGUGCCCCCGCGGAUGGGGACGCGCUCGCGGGUUACGCGGGCAUGCUGGCGCGCGGGGUCCGGCCGGACGCCUACACGUUCCCGCCCCUGCUCAAGGCGGUGGCGCGGCGGGGCGGCCCCGCCGCGGCGUCCUCGUCGGCGCCCGCCGCCGUUCCCGCGCACGUGGUCAAGUUCGGGCUGGGCCUCGGCGACCACGAGGCGAGCGCGCUGGUCGCGGCCUACGCGGCCGGGGGCGGCGGCGCGGCGGCGCGCGCGGCGCUGCUGGAAGCGCGCGGCGCGCCCGUCGCGUGUAACGCGCUGAUCUCUGGCCAUUGCAGGGGCAAGCGGUUCGAGGAGUCAAGCCGCGCGUUUGUGGACAUGGUGCGGGCCGGCGCCGCGCCCACGCCGGUCACGUACGUCUCGGUGCUCUCUGCUUGCGGGAAGGGCAGGGACUUGCUGCUCGGGGUGCAGGUGCACAAGCGCGUGGUGGAGAGCGGGGUGUUGUCGGACCUGAAGGUGGACAGCGCUCUGGUUGGUAUGUAUGCCGAGUGCGCUGACAUAGACUCGGCUUGGAGGUUGUUUGAGGAAAUGGAAGUGAGGAAUGUGGUGUGCUGGACAUCUUUGGUUUCUGGUCUUGCGAGAUUAGGCCAGGUUGAUCGAGCCAGAGAAUUGUUUGACGGUAUGCCUGAGAGGGACGCUGUUUCGUGGACUGCAAUGAUUGAUGGUUAUGUACAUGCUGCCCGGUUCAGGGAGGCAUUGGAGAUGUUCCGUGAGAUGCAAUACAACAAUGUGAUGGCAGAUGAGUUCACCAUGGUGAGCGUGAUCACUGCAUGUGCGCAGCUAGGUGCUUUGGAGAUCGGAGAAUGGGUGAGGGCUUACAUGAGCAGGCAAGGGAUUAGGAUGGAUCUUUUUGUUGGCAAUGCACUUAUAGACAUGUACUCCAAGUGUGGAAGUGUUGAGCGAGCAUUGGAUGUAUUUAACGGGAUGCACAGCAGAGAUAAGUUUACUUGGACAGCUAUCAUACUUGGUCUCGCGGUGAAUUGUCAUGGGGAAGAGGCAAUUGACAUGUUCCACAGAAUGAUCAGGGUUUCGGAAGUUCCAGAUGAGGUGACGUUCAUUGGUGUUCUCACAGCCUGCACCCACGCUGGCUUGGUUGACAAAGGAAAAGAGUUCUUCCACAGCAUGACUGAGACCUAUAAGAUUGCCCCAAAUGUGGAGCAUUAUGGAUGCAUAGUAGAUCUUCUUGGCCGAGCUGGGAAAAUUAUGGAAGCAUUGGAGACAAUAGAUCAAAUGCCAAUGACACCCAACUCCACUAUUUUGGGGACCCUGCUGGCAGCUUGCAGGGUUCAUGGCAAUUCAGAGAUAGGUGAAUCGGUAGCAGAGCGCCUCCUUGCGCUGGAUCCAGAGAACAGCACGGCUUACAUUCUUUUGUCCAACAUGUAUGCAAAAGCUAACAGAUGGGAAGAUGUCCGACAGCUUAGGCAGGCAAUAAUGGAGAAAGGAAUAAAGAAAGAACCUGGUUGCAGUCUGAUCCAAAUGAAUGGGAUGAUUCGUGAAUUUGUAGCUGGUGAUCGGUCUCAUCCUAUGAGCAACGAAAUCUACUCUAAGUUGGAGAAUAUAAUAGCCGAUUUAAGGAAUGUUGGGUAUUUUCCUGAUGUAACUGAGGUCUUUAUUGAAGUUGCAGAAGAGGAAAAGCAGAAGGUUAUUUAUUGGCACAGCGAGAAGCUAGCAAUUGCUUUUGCAUUACUCAGUUCAGAACCUAAUACUGUGAUAAGGAUUGUGAAAAACUUGAGGAUGUGUUUGGAUUGCCAUAAUGCAAUUAAGUUGAUAUCAAGGUUGUAUGGAAGGGAGAUAGUUGUGAGGGACAGGACACGCUUCCAUCAUUUUCGCCAUGGACUCUGUUCUUGUAAAGACUCUUGGUAACUCCAUAUGCAUCAGUCAGAUAAGUCGACUGAAUAUAUGUGGCCUCAGCUUUGAGUGAUCACUUGAUGGCGAGCACAAGCUUUCACUUGAAAUGUAGUAUUCACUGCAGUUUCAGGAAGUGAAACAAGAAGAUUGGUAGUAUAAUUAAUCUAGUAGAGCCUUCAUGUUAUAUCUGUUUGAGCUCCUCUUGUUGCACGUUACACCUUGGCAUAGUUGAUGGUUCUGUUGGCACAUCA